AUGACUCAAUCAUUCUGUGAUUCUAAACCACGUCCAACCAAUGUUGGUAUUAAAGGUAUUGAAGUUUAUAUUCCUGGUCAAGCAGUAAAUCAAUCAGAUUUAGAAAAAUUUGAUGGAAUUCCUGCUGGUAAAUAUACUAUUGGUUUAGGUCAAACUAAUAUGUCAUUUGUUAAUGAUAGAGAAGAUAUUUAUUCCAUCAGUUUAACUGUUUUAUCAAAAUUGAUUUCUUCUUAUAAUAUUGAUACUAAUCAAAUUGGUAGAUUAGAAGUUGGUACUGAAACUUUAUUAGAUAAAUCAAAAUCAGUUAAAUCAGUAUUAAUGCAAUUAUUCCCCGGUAAUGCUGAUAUUGAAGGUAUUGAUACCGUUAAUGCUUGUUAUGGUGGUACUUCUUCAAUUAUAAAUGCCGUUAAUUGGAUUGAAUCUAAUUCUUGGGAUGGUAGAGAUGCAAUUGUUGUUGCUGGUGAUAUUGCUAUCUAUGAUAAAGGUGCUGCUAGACCAACUGGUGGUUGUGGUGCUAUUGCUAUGUUGAUUGGUCCUGAUGCUCCAAUUGUAUUUGAUAAUAUUAGAGGUUCAUUUAUGGAACAUGCUUAUGAUUUCUAUAAACCAGAUUUCACUAGUGAAUAUCCUGUGGUUGAUGGACAUUUCUCGUUGGCUUGUUAUAUUAAAGCGGUUGAUCAAUGUUAUAAGAAUUAUUCCAAAAAAUUCACGGGUGAUGUUAAUAAAACCGUGGGCGUUUUUGAUCAUUUUGAUUAUAAUGCUUUCCAUGUUCCAACUUGUAAAUUAGUUACUAAAUCUUAUGCAAGAUUAUUAUAUAAUGAUUAUUUAUCCAAUCCUGAAAAAUUCACCGAUUUAAUUGAUGAAGAAACUAGAAAUACUUUGAAUUCAUUAACUUAUGAAAAAUCAUUAGUUGAUAGAACUUGGGAAAAAGUAUUUGGUGGAUUAGCCAAAGAAAACCUCAAAUCAAGAGUUACACCCGCUUUAACCGUCCCAACUAAUACUGGUAACAUGUAUACUGCAUCAGCAUGGGUUUCAUUAGCUUCAUUAUUAUAUUAUGUCGGUUCUGAAGAAUUACAAGGCAAGAGAAUUGGUUUAUUCUCGUAUGGAUCAGGAUUAGCUUCAACAUUAAUGUCAAUGACUAUAAAUGGAGAUAUUUCUACCAUUACCAAGAUUUUAAAUUUUGAUGAUAAAUUAGGUGAAGGUAGAAGAAUUGAAGUACCGGAAAAAUUCAUUGAAGCUAUUGAAUUAAGAGAAAAAUGUCAUUUAAAGAAGAGUUAUCAACCGGUUGGUGAAAUUGAUCAUUUGAGUGUUGGAACUUAUUAUUUGGUUGAUAUUGAUGAUAAAUAUAGAAGAUCUUAUGAAAUUAAGAAGUAA